AUGCACACUACUUCCCAAAAAGAUCAAAUUUCGAUUGCAAGUAGUUUGAAAGUGUUGAUUGCUCAAAGCCAGUUGGAUCACACAGUUGCUGAAUGGAGAAAGAGAAAAAAAGAACUGGAUGAUCUUGGACGAUUCCUUGACCUAGCAGGUCAGAGUUAUCGCAAACCAGUCAUGGUUCCUAUUGGAACUGGAUGUCUUGCAUAUAUGCCAGGCGAAAUCUAUUGCACUGGGGAAGUCCUAGUAUCACUUGGAGUUAAUUGGUUUGCCGAAACCAGUCUCCAUCAAGCCAAGCGAAUUCACAAGCGUCGCUGCAGCUUUGUUGCUGAACAACUGGAUCGCAGUCAAUCGGUCUACAAGGAAUUGGAGGUCAGGUCUCAAAUGGUGCUGGAGCACAAAUCCAGUACAGUUGAUUUUGACGAUGAUGAGGUCAACGAAGAAGGUCUUAAAUAUGUUGAUAUUCAAGAACCUUACCAAGAACCAAUCAGUAACCCAACAGCAGAAUCUACUCAUGCGUCGACAAAAUCUCCACCUCGUCAGUCUGCUAAACUUUUGCAAAAUCAAUUUGCAGAUGCAGAUGCAGAUGCCGAGGAAAUUGAUUAUGACGACAAUAGACUCGAGGAGCAUGAGCUUGAAGAUUUUGACAAGAAUUUGUUGGCAAAGCUUAAACUGAUGGAAAUGGAGGAGAAACAGGAGGCAGACGGUGCUGAAUUGGACAAUAGCGAGGCAGUUGUGACCAAAAACAGAAAUCGACAACAGCCUGUUCAAACUAGUGUGAUUGAACGUGGUUUUGGUGACGAUUUUGAAGGAGAUAGUGAUGAUGAAAGCGAUCUUGAUAAUAUGGUACUUGGACAGCAAGUUUCUAUUGAAUACCAUCACAAGCGCAAUCAAUUUCUCAAAGCUGAUAUUCUCCAAAAGCCAAUUGAUCCAAAUGACGAGGAAAUGGGACACUAUGAGCCAAGCGAUCCUGAAUCUGAUGCCAAAAUAGUAGUUCCAUCUGGGUUACCGCCAAGUAUUUCUCAUUCAGGAAAACUACCGAGUGGAUCUGUAGUACCUUUGCAUGUAUCGGAAUCUAGUGGAAGAAAAUCCGAUUCGUCUAUUGUAUUGCCCAUGCCAGCCAGUAUACCGCCAUCUAUUCAGAAACCCAAACUGUCACGAUUCAAGCAACAGCAGUUGGAUCGUCGACAGAAUCAAUAA